GAAGCACAUGAGCAGAGGAACUCUCAACAUGGGGAUUCAACAGCAGCUGUGUUUUCUUGCAAGCCUGUUGCUUGUUAUUCAAGCUGCACCGACUCCACCGCCAUCUGACAAAGAUAAAGCCAUUGCAAAGGAUUACCUGAGAAACUUCUACAAUCUGAAACGCUUGUCAAACUCUGCCUCUUUUAGCCCAGGAUCAAGCAAUGAUACCACGUCCGAGAGGCUGAAAGAGAUGCAGAAGUUUUUCGGGCUUGAGGUGACUGGAAAGCUGAACAAAGAAACACUGGACGUGAUGAAGAUGCCCCGCUGUGGAGUUCCAGAUGUUGCCGCGUACACCACAUUUGGAGGCUCACCCAGAUGGGAGACCAACAAGCUCACCUACAGAAUCGUCAACUACACACCUGACAUGACAAGAGCGCAAGUGGAUGAUUCCAUAGCGAGAGCCCUGCAGGUCUGGGCCGAAGUCUCUCCACUGAGAUUCACCCGUAUCAUCAGGGGCACAGCUGACAUCAUGAUCUCCUUUGCUGUAAGAGAUCAUGGUGAUGGUCUGGCGUUUGAUGGACCAAAAAAGACUUUGGCUCAUGCCUUUGCUCCCGGUUCUGGAAUCGGUGGAGAUGCACAUUUCGAUGAUGAUGAAUCUUUCACAUUCCGCUCAUCUAGAGGUCAUGUCCUGUUCUUGGUGGCCGCCCAUGAGUUAGGUCACUCUUUGGGUCUCUUUCAUUCCAACGUUCCUGGUGCUCUGAUGUUUCCUACAUACACCUUUACUGAUCCGGAUCGUUCCCCUCUGACUUCUGAUGACAUUGAAGGGAUUCAGUCACUCUAUGGUUCACCACGACCACAACCACUACAACCACAACCACUACAACCUCAACCACUAGAACGACAACCGGAACGAUCACCACCACAAGAUUGUCAAAAUCUGGUCUGGGAUGCAGUGACGAGUUUUAAGGGAGAAACUGUGUUCUUCAAGGACAGCUUUUUCUGGCGUAGUUCUUCAAGCAGUAGUGCAGUGGCACGUCAGAUCAACAGUUUUUGGUCCAGAGCUCCUGAUAAUGUAGAUGCUGCUUAUGAGGAUCCAGCGCAAGAUAAGCUUUUCCUAUUCAAAGGUACACAAGUGUGGGCUUUCAAAGGCCAAAAUCUUGAGCCUGGCUAUCCUAAACCUCUCAGCAGCUUUGGUCUCCCAGCAUCUGUGACAAAAGUUGAUGCUGCCGUCCACAACCAGCACACAGGAAAAACACUGCUGUUCUCUGACAAAUAUUACUAUCGUUAUGAUGAGAGGAAGAAUCAGAUAGAUGAAGGGUAUCCCAGACGAGUGGAAGAUGCAUUUGUAGGGUUGAGUGGAGAGGUUACAGCAGCCCACAUGACCAACAAUAACAUUUAUCUCUUCAGUGGGAAAAAUUUGUUUGAGUUCAGCUCCAAAAACGCAAAGCUCCUUCGUUUGCUGACGAGCGAUUUCUUCCAGGUCUGUAAGUCAGCUUCCCUGAAGCAUUGAUGGAGAUGAAACAUAACAGGGUAUUUUAAAACUACAGCACUGACUUUAAUACAUGUGCCUAUAAACAUUCAAACUCAACUAUUCAUUAACUGUUCACAGUUGUCACUGGACUUGUAAUUUAUUGUUGUUAUGAUUUUAAAAGAAUGCAUAUUAACAGAAUA